AUGCCUUCCGCCACCAUGAACGCUCAAGAAGUUCGUGCAAUUUGGACAUCAGAGAAGGGGUCAAUGGCUAAACAGACGGCCGAGAACCGAUGGGCCAAAAUCAUUCAGGGUACCAUCGACGACAUUGGUGAAACAGCCGCCGCGAAUGAUUUUGACGGCCAGAAGAGAGCGGAAAGCAUUGCCAUUCAGAUUGCCCUGAAGGACAUCAAGAAAGGAAUUGAACAGAACAAACCCCUCACACCCCUGCAAGAUGACGGCAAGCUCGAUAUUCAAGAGUGGAACAAGCAGCUGGCUGCAAUUGGCCAGUGCAGUUGGAUCAACUGCCCAUGGCUCUUUGGGGAGUGCUACAUGUACAGAAGCAUCCAGAGAAUCCUGAACUCUUCAAAAUACUGGCAGAACUACGAUGUUUUCAAACGCCAGAAAGACUCUACUUUUGUCAAGUCGAGAGCCGCGGUUGAGGAGCUCGCCAGCCGUUAUGUGCAGAUCGUUGCCGAUACUCGACUCGCCCAAGAUGAGAGCAAGGAGGCGGCCAAGAAGUUGCUGUUUAUCGAGAUGACAGAGAUUGCAUUGUGGGGAAACGCCACGGACCUGUCACUCCUCGCUAACCUGACCCUGGAGGACUUGCAAAACUUGCAGGGCCGUGAGGCCAUCCAGAAGAGCCAGCGGAACAUUGUCGACAACGACACUGACGAUGUCUGGACCUAUCUUCAGCGCACUGCCGGUCAGGCUAGUCGCCAGAUUGACAUUGUCCUCGACAACGCUGGCUUUGAGUUCUUCACUGAUGUGCUCUAUGCCGCUUAUCUGUUGGACGCCGGCAUUUCUACCUCUGUUAGACUGCAUACCAAGGAGUUCCCAUGGUUCGUCAGCGAUGUCAUUUCCAGAGAUGUCGAAUCGCUAUUCAAGCAUCUCGACUCCUCCGAAUGCUUCCCAGGUCGUGAGUAUCUCGACCAACUUGUACCGAGACUCCGCGGAUUCUUCCAGUCGGGAGCCAUCACGACCACUAGCGACCCCUUCUGGACAACGCCGUUCUCAUUCCACGAGAUGCCAUCCAAGGCACCGGCCCUCUUCAAGGAGCUCCAAAACAGCUACUUAGUCAUCUUCAAGGGCGACCUCAACUACCGCAAACUGACCCGAGAUGGAAUGUGGCCUCACACCACCACAUGGGAGGAGGCUCUGGGUCCCCUAGGCAAGCAGAGCGGCGUCAAAAUCUUGUCUCUUCGCACGAACAAGUCCGACGUUUGCGUUGGCGUCCCGACCCAGAGUAAGGUUGACGCAUUGAACGUGGAGGCGCCCGGUGGUGCCUGGAUCCAGAACGGAAAGUAUGCCGUGGUAUCGUUUAAUGAGGGUCGAUGA